AUGGACACGGCGGUCGUCAAUGCGGGCUCCUUCCAUUUUCCUGUACGCGAGCUCGACGGCUUUUUUGUCGGUGAACUCGAUGAAUCCGUAGCACAGGGAGUGGCCGGUGACUUUAUCCUUGAUUAUCUCGACAGAGCUGAUGGUGCCGAACCGCUGGAAGAUCAAACGCAGGUCUUCUUCCUUGGUUAUGGGGUUCAAUUUGGUGAUGAAGAGCACUUUGUCGCUGGGCUGGAUCUUUGCUGA